AUGCUGCAAUGGGCGAUGCUGCUGCCCGUCGCGCUCGCGGCGUGCCCGCCGGACCAGAUCGUCUUCGGCGUGGGGCUGCCCAAGAGCGGCACGCGGUCCAUGGGCAUGGCCCUGCAAGCGCUCGGCUUUACGGCCUCCAAGGGCAUGGUUGGAACGAGAAACAAUGGCGUCGACUAUAAAUUCCACGCCGAUCUCCUGCCCUUCGUCAACGGCAACACCUCGGGCGCGCUCGCGAACCUCGGCGCGUCGAAGACCUGGGCCGGCUCGACGCUCUACAACGUCUUCCCCUUCUAUGCGCUGCCCUGCGAGCUCGCGGCGCGCUACGACCGGGCGCUCUUCGUGAACGUGGACCGCGAGUGCGGCGCCUGGGCGCGGAGUGCGCUGCGGCAGCUGUCGUGCGCCUGGCUGAAGCGCGGCUGCGACACGCCGCUCGCCGCGGACGAGCCGCACGACCACACGAGCGUCGGCUUCCGGUCCACGCGGUGGUACUUCGACCAGCUCGCGCCGGGCCUCGUCGACGGCUUCUGCGCCGACCGGGGGGCGAUCUGCACGAAGGCCUCCGGGUCCUGGAACUUCAACGCGAGCGCGGCGAACUCCACGGCGGCGCUGCGGCGCCUCGAGGCGGUCUGCGCGCGGCACCCCGCGCGCGUCGCCGCCUGCGUGCCGCCGGCGCGCUACCUCUCGCUCACGCUCGCCGAGGACUCGGCGGAGUUCGAGAAGAUCGUGGACUUCCUCGGCUGCGACGGCGCCGACCGGCGCCGCGUGCGGGCCGCCUGGGACAAGUCCGCGAAGCAGUGGAGCGGCACGCGCGCGGCGCGCCAGCCCAAGCCCGCGCGCGACGCGGCGGCGGACGCGGAGGCGCGCGUCGACGCGCCCGCGCCGCGGCGGCCGUCGGUGGCGUCGCGCCGGGACCGGGCCGACGCCGCGCGGCGGGCGCGGGACGAGGGCCGGCGCGGCGACGCGGCGCGGCGCGACGCCCCGGCGCGAAAGCGCGACAAGGAGCGAAGCAGGCAAGAGAAGAAGGCCCAACUGGGCCUGGGCCUGGGCCUGCGGUCCGCCGCGCGCGCGAGGGAGGAAGCGACGUAA